AUACGAGGGUAUUUAGGCGCGCAAACGUAAAUUGUUUGAUACCUCGACCUGUUAUCAGUUGAUCACUCGUUGCUGCAGCAGGCGGGAUGGGUGAGCGUCGUCUGUUGAUCGUUCACUUUGGGAAUGGGUCGACGCCGAAGAUCUUGUCGCUACGCUCGGACGGAAACGGUUGGAUUGCGUUGGGCAAGUGUGCUCGCAAGUUUGCCGUCGGAUCGAGCGAGUCGUGGCGAGCGCUGCAAGACGAGUUGAGGCGAUGCUGCGGUCGUAUCGGAGGGCGUUCUGUGUGCUUGCGCAGCCUGGAGGAGCCGACGAAGACGUUCGAGUGUGUGCGCGACAUAUUCGACGACCCGUCGGUCGCCGUCCGCGUCCGAGCGACGGAGGAGUCGGUAACCGAGUAUGCCGCAAAAGACGCAGACGGACAGGUGGGCGCACAGCCCCGUCACAGUCGUGGGAAUCGACACGCGAACGAGGUGCGUCGUGCAGAGAGCGGGCUGGCAAGAGUGCGGAGGCUGCUGUCCGCCGACGUCCGUCCGGAAGAGAGAACGCAGAGCAGGUCGACGUCGUCGUCGCCUUUUGACGGCUCGUUCGUGUGCAGUCAAAAGGAGCUGAGUGGACGCGUGGGAGUGUCGAGUAUUAGUCGGGCUCGUGUGACCGCACGUUGCAGUCGAGAAUUCGACGCCGUUCGUCGUGGGAACGUUAGACGAGAAGAAGUCGUGCGUGACUCGUCGUCUGUCUCUAAGGGGAGCGACGGUCGACGAGUUUCGAAGCCGUUGAGUCGUCGACAGAUGAACGAUUGUUUACCACUGCGGCGACCAGGUCGUACAAGUGGCGUUCCGGAUCCUCCAACAAAUGUUUCCGUUGCCGGUUUGUUUGGACAGGGUGUUUAUGUAUUGUGGAAUCCGGUCUGGCUGGACAGAGAUGAGUGCAACAACGGUUUACAAGUGCUUGGUUACAAGGUCUUUCUCAAUGGAGAGUUGGAGGCUCUUGCGGAAGGUGCACUGACGUCUCAUGUUGUGUUAUAUGAGUUGAAACCAGGAGUGGAAUAUGAAAUAUUUCUCAGGACAAGGUGCCACACGGUGGAUUCCAUGCCUUCCCAGGGGGUCAAAUACAGGAUGGGUUUCUCUGCUACUAAUGCAUGCAAUAAAGUACAACUGCUGACACUGAGGUCUCUGACAACAAUGGAAGUUAAAGAAUCAGAGUCCUAUUCCACCACCUAUGAACGUUGUUCGCAAAAGGCUACAGUCAGUGAGCGAAGUACUAGCAGUUCAAGUAGUGGAAUUGUGACCGAUGACUGUCCAUUUGUAUCUCCUCCUCCAUGCAAGAGAAGGCCAUCGUCAGUAUUGUUCACACCACGCGACAGAGUUAACACACUUCCAGACCCUCCUACUGGGGCUUGUGUUACAGAAGAAGAUGGACUACUUAUUGUCAACUGGAAUCCAGUCAGUGUACAAGGUUGCCAGUCCAAUAAUGGUCAUGUUGUCAUUGGGUACAAGAUCUACGUAAAUGGAAAAUUCAAGGCUAGAGCUCGGGGAGCAGAGUCAAAGCAGUCAUUCAUACUCAUGAGCCAACUGAAAGAUGAAGACCAACCAGUUUCAAUCACUGUCAAAACUCAAGGUAUUGUUUGUGAUUCGGUUCCAUCUGAUGAGUGUUUAUAUUGGCAAGGACAAAAAGGCACCCUAUCUCCAUCCAAUGUUCUCAUGUCUAAGUCAGAUAGCAAGGAUUCGUUUUACUCAACAGAUCAUAGUCGACAUGCCUCCGAGUCUGAAGAUUCGAUUUCCCCGUCCGUCUUCACGCCGUCGAAUGACGAAUCUAAUGUGAUACAUUUGUACUCAUCGAACAGGAAACAUGGAGUGUGUCAUCGUCCUCCAAUCACAUCCUCUGCUGCCGCAAAACUCUCUGAUCUUACCAACGUGUACACUGCGUGUCACCAACUGGUGAGACCCGAUGUAGAUAGAAGCAUUCCGUGCUUAGAAACGUCUGUCUGAGAUCAACACGAAACAGAAUUAGUGAUAGAGAUUCUAGUGCAGAAACAGCGAUAUGAUGUCCUAUUUUAUACAAGAGGUAAUUUUAUUCAUGGUAUCCAGACUUUUGUACAAGUAUAUAGAUUUACAGAAGUGGAAGUCAUACUAUAGUAUCCUAUUAGUACACUGUAUUUGUUAUGUAGACUCUGGGAAGUCAGAGAGUCUAGAGGGAGACUGAAAUUUUAUGCUAAGAGUAAAUGCUUUUUAGGUUGUGAUACUUAAAUUUCUCAUGACAAUUGUAUGUUUGACAUACAUUUGAGCUUUGUUAUAUUAAUGUAAGUGAAAUAGAGAUGGCAAGGAUUUCAACAA